ACCCGCACCCAAGCCCCGCCGAGCUCCCAGCCCUCCCAUCGCGGCCCCAACCUGGGGCGCGGCCGCUACCGGCACCAUGCGCCCGGCAGCCCUGCUGCUCCUGCCCUCGCUGCUGGCGCUCCUGGCUCACGGACUUUCCUCGGAGGCCCCUACAGUGGGGGAAGAGCAGGCCCCAGGCAUGGAGGAGACGGAUGGGGAACUGACAGUGAACCCCACACCUGAGCAGCCAGAACGAGGCAUCCACUUCGUCACAACGGCCCCUACCCUGAAGCUGCUUAACCACCACCCCCUGCUCGAGGAAUUCCUACAAGAGGGGUUGGAGGAGCGGGGGGCAGAGCUGAGGCCAGCACAGCCCUUCCGGCCUGACCCACCUACACCAUAUACCCCAAGUCCCCUUCCCCGUCUGGCCAAGCAGGACAGCCGCCCCGUCUUCACCAGCCCCACUCCAGCCAUGGUGGAAACACCUACUCAGCCCCAGUCCAGGGAAGGACCCUGGAGCCUGGAGUCAGAGCCCCCUGCACUUCAUAUCACAGCUCCCCUACCUCCAGGGCCCAGUAUGGCAAUGCCCACCCCAGGCCCAGCAGAGAGGCCCAAUACUACACCCCCUAGCAGGGCAUGGACUCCGACCCGAGAAGGUCCUGGAGACAUAGGCAGGCCCUGGGCUCCAGAGGUCAUGUCGCCAACCACAGGGCUUGGGAUUGAGGGGACCAUCACCACUUCUACGGCUUCAGGGGACGAUGAGGAGACCACCACCACCAGCACCAUCAUCACCACCACCAUCACCACAGUCCAGCCACCAGGCCCUUGUAGCUGGAAUUUCUCAGGCCCAGAGGGCUCUCUGGACUCCCCCACAGCCCCCAGCUCACCCCUUGAUGUCGGCCUGGACUGUUUCUACUACAUCUCCGUCUAUCCUGGCUACGGUGUGGAAAUCAAGGUCCAGAACAUCAGCCUCCGAGAAGGGGAGACAGUAACUGUGGAGGGCCUCGGGGGAACUGACCCCUUGCCCCUGGCCAACCAGUCUUUCCUGCUGAGGGGCCACAUCAUCCGCAGCCCCACCCACCAAGCGGCCCUGAGGUUCCAGAGCCUCCCACCACCUGCUGGGCCUGGCACCUUCCAUUUCUACUACCAAGGACCUUCCCUCCUCUACCUACCACCCUGCAGAGAACUGGUCUCAAAGGGGGACUGA